GCAAGCGUGAAGAAGCUGCCUCGCUUUCUCGAACAUCACUAAGACUGAUGAGGAAACGUGCUGGCGAGAAGCAUCCCGACACCCUGGUUGCUGCCAGCAACCUGGCCGUUCUGCUCCAAGAGGACGGCAGGUAUGAAGAAUCCGCACAGGUUGCCAAGCGGACUCUGGAUGUGCAGCAGCGGUUGCUAGGGCCACAGCAUCCUGAUGUGCUUUGCACUGUCAACAGCUUGGCAGCGGCUCUUCACUUGCAGGGCAAGCAUGCGGAGGCCAUCGAAUACCAGAAGGAGAUGCUGGAGAUUCGACGAAGAACAGUUGGCAUGGAGAACCUGGAGACGUUGGUCGCAGCUCACAAUCUGGCCGGAAUGCUCCAGCAGAGAGGAUGUUACGAAGAGGCACCGAUUGAAGCUUUCUUUGUCUUCGCUGGCGACCUGCAGCGUGAAACCCUUGAGGUCUUGACCAGACGGAUGGGCCCACGACAUCCCGACACGAUGACCGUAAAGCGUGCUGAUGAGGCUUUGAAGUUCUUUGCUGUGCUGGCAAAGAUCGCAUGUGGCCAUGUGGAUCUGAGCGGCGCUGGGAUGGAUCAUGACCGGGGAUCCAUGUCCAUCGCAACCAACCAAGACAUUUCGCAGGCUUUGUCUCUUCUCCGUGACCAGCUGGCAGAUGCCCGCGAGUCGGUGCUGAAACAUCUGAGUGCAGUUGCUGACGAGGAGCAGAUCAACUUGGCUUCGGCAAGCAAUGCCAUGCAAUCGGACCUUGCCGCCCUUCGCACGGACUUUGCGAAGCACGCGAAGGAUUUGGCGGCGGGAGAACUUCAGCAGGAGGUGUCCAUAAGACACGGCAACCUUGGGCGGUGCUGUUGCAAGCUGGGCUCCAACCAGGCGGGCCCAGAUAGAUUCGACGUCGACGGUGAUGGCGAGGUGGACGAAGACGAGUUGCGGCAGGGGUUGACAAACAUCGGGUCCAAUGCCACUGCCAACAGUAUUCACCAUGCACAUGCAAGUGCCGAUGUAGACGGAGACUCGAAGCUUAGCAAGAAGGAGUUUUCCAUGUUGAUGACGCGAUUUGACUCGUGGUUCCACACACUGCAGGAUGGGAGCAUUGCUGAGUGCACCUGGAAGGACCUCAAUGGCACUGAGCCCGCAACCCAUCACUGCCCAGUGGAUCUGGUCGACUAUUUGCAGCUUCCCAGCCUGGGAAAGGACUUGCUACUGCUGUCGUCAAGCUCCUAUUCUUGUGCCGCAGCAGCGGGUCUCACCGGUCAGCUGUCUGACAAGAUUGAUUUAAUGGAGAGAGCAGAAUAG